CUGGUGGACAGCUCACCAUGCAUGCAGCUUGCGCAGUGCCAGCGAGCUACCUGGCCUAGCUAGCUGGCUUUGAUAAAGCACAGCUCUAUCAAAAGUUGCUGGAGGUGGAGGUUGCAGACCAAUUUGCAGGCGCAGAUUCCCUGCGCAGGGAAAAUUUCGCUCCUUUUUCUUUGAGAGCGGCACAGGCAGUGAUCCGUCAUGGCGAGCGCACAAGAGGGGGCUGCCCAGCAAGCGGCUCUGCAUGCAUUCCUCGAGCAACAGGAAGACAGCGCAGCACAGGCUGCAGCCAAGGCCCCGUCCGACCAGGCUGUGACGCAUCCGCUUGGUCAGGGUUCUCAGGAGAAGGAAGAGCUAGCCCAAGAGCAGCGAGAGAUGCACAAGUUCUUUGAGAAGCAGUCACAGACGGCAGCAGCAGCAGCAGCGCACGCGCCCUCAGAUCAGGAGGUCACGCACUCGCUAGACCCGGAACACUCAUACAAUCACUGUAACAUCGCACGAUCGAAGGUGACAAUAUGA